AUGGGUGUAAUCGGAAGCGGAUGCGAGUUGUGUUUGCGAGUUGUUGUUGUUGUAAGCGUCACCCUGGCGACCAGCAGCCGAGCAGCUUAUUGGCGGUUUGAGUCGCAUGCUCCCGCCCAUACCCGAGCAGCCCGCCACCAUUGGAUCGGUACGCAGCACUGUUCCCAUUGGGUGUCCCGAACGCGGCUUCUAUUGGGCGCAAAAAGAGCCGUCGUCAUAGAAAUGGAGAAUGCGGUGCUGAGCGGUGGCAAUUGGAGAUAUGACAAUAUGGAGGACAAACACAAUUUUCAGAAUGAAACUGGACAGGAAGGAUUAAAGUUGGAUUUGGAGCAAGAGGGGAUGGAAGAGCAACUUUGUGAACACAAUGAAGAAGCAAUGGAAAGUGAGAAUGAGAUUCUAGGUGAAGAUGACUCUGAAAUUACAUGGGAAGAAAGUGAAGAGGAAAUUACCUCUUCUCAUCAAAAGAGGUGGAGCUACUCUGAGAAGGCAGAGAUACGAAAACGCCAGAGAAUUCAGCUAGAGUUUGAGCUUCUCCUUCAGGAAAAAGAUUUGGAAGUCCAAAAACUGAGAGGCAAGUUAAAAGAAUGUUGGAGGAGAAUGGAAACUUUAAUGGAACAGAGAAACAAAGUGGAAGAAGAUAUUCAAGAGCAAGAAACUGUCAACAAUAUGGCUGCUUUGUUUUGGCUUCGAGCACAACACAGACGGUUGUGUGAAGAGCUUCAAAAGGAGGAGAACAUUCAUUUAAAAACUGAUUUGACAUUGAAGGAGAAAGAACUUGAACUCUUCAAAGUUGAGCUUGAGCAAGCAAAGGUAUUGCAACUUCAUGAACAACAUAAGAAAGAUGAGGAAGAGUACGAGGUCCAACGUGUACUUGAGACCAAACGAAGACUGGAGGCCAACGAGGCUGCUCUUCUCCAGGCAGAGAAAAGGAUAAAAAUCAAAAAGAAACACAUAAAAUAUGUUAAAGAUCAAGAACUAGAAGACAAGAAAGCAGUGGAGAAGGCAAAGCAGUACAAUCAGAAGGCAAUGCAGUUUCUGAAGGAAUCCAUGGCUAGAGUUCGUAAAGAACAAGCUGAAAAAGAACUACAGAUAAGGGAAGAUCUGGAGAAGAGAAUGCAAAGUGUACUGUCACUGAAGAAGAACAUCGAGUUAAGCCAAGAAAAUCAACGAGCAGCACAGCUGAGGAGAAAAGCUUUGGCUGAAGCAGAGAAACAAAAGCAGAAGGUAGAAGAAACCAUGAUGUUAGAGAGUGGUGUUGCUCAACAAAUUAUGAUACGUGCAAAGCUGCAGCAAGAAUUUGAGAAAAAGAAACAGGAAUUUACAGAGAAGCAGAAGACUGCAAAAGCAGAAAUUAUGGCUAAGAUCCUUAGAGAAGAAAAUAAUAUGGAAAAGAAGAAACAAAUCAAUCCAGGAUUAUUCCCCAAAACAUCUAAAACACUAAAUAAUGUUUCAGGGACAGAGAAACAUAGAAAACAAUUGUACAAAUACCUGGGGAAUAUCUCUGAAGAUAAGGAAUCUAUUGGUAUUGAUGAACAACAAGAAUAUCAAGUCCUCUCAUCGGAUUCAGAGGAAGAAACAGUCAUGGGAAAGAGCCAAGAUCAUCAGGUGCCAGACGUUAAAAAUGAUGAGGAUGAAGAAAGUCUGAAUCAGCCUGAAUUUUCUGGUCUUUGGGAUUAUGAGCAGAAGCCAUGCCAGGAUGAACCUAUGGACAAACACCUUGGAGCAGGGACAAGUAAAAUGGAACAAGAAAUCCGCACACGACAACUAGAUAAACAAAGAAGCUGGAUCAUUCACAAACAGGUGGCAGCUGGCCACGAAUUCAAGGGUUGUCCUUUCUAUAGUAAGCCAGCUGUUAUUCACUUCAAGAACUUUGAUAUUGGGAAAACUUACAAGAAAAAGGCAAACCUGAUAAAUGCUUCAUACGGUAUCACUUACUGUAAACUGAUUGACAUCAGUGAUCACGUGAAAGACUUCAUUGAGGUUGAAUUCAAGCCUCCUGGUCCAAUUUCAGCUGGUAUGUCCUGUGAGAUGACAGUAAUUUUCAAACCUAUGCUAAAUGAAGAUCUUGAAGGAGAAAUAAUGUUUCGGGCUCAAACAGGAUCCUUUACUGUUCCACUUAAGUGUACAACGAAAACAUGUGAUCUUUCCGUAGAUAAAACAUUCGUUGAUUUUGGCCCCCAUGUUAUUGGUGAAACCAUUACACAGACCAUAACGCUGACCAAUCAUGGAGCAAGGGGUACUCAUUUUGAGUUUCUACAAAUGAAUUUCACUUCAUCAGUGUCUGAGGAGUCGGGAACUAAAUUGGCUCCUUCAGAAGUUGAAGAAAAGAAUAAAGAGAAUUUGUUUCUCAUUGAUCACCCAGUUUCCAAUGAGAUCAAAAUUGGCCAGGUCACGAAGGAUGACAUUGGCCCAUUUUCUUCAAUCAAGUUACCAAUAAUCUUUCUACCUACAGUUCCUGGCACUGCACAAGCAGAUCUUGAGUUGGUAUUUCCUUAUGAAGCCAACAAAAAUAUAUCCAUUAAAGUUCAAGCACAGGCCGUUGACGUACCAGUCUGGGUUUCAAAUCCUAAUAUAGACUUGAAAAUCUGCAUGUAUGACCGACUAUAUCAAGAUGCCAUCCGUGUUCACAACAGGGCAUCCUUGGGGCACCAGGUAAAAUUUGUGGUGUGCAAAGAGCUGAGAAAUCAUCUGGAAUUUUUACCCAAAAGUGGAUUUAUCCAAGCGCACUCCAGUUUAAGUUUUCAACUCAAAUUUCUGCCAAGAAAAUCUUUACCUGAAGAUGCUAAUAUUUACUUUAAUACAUCAACACUUGUCCUGGAGGCUCCAAUGAACAUCUGGGUGGCAAAUCAGAUUAGAUUAAUUUCAUUCACUGUUCAUGCUGUCGUCACCAGCUCAGACGUAGAGAUUGAUCCUCAAACAAUUGACUUUGGUCCUUGUUCAAUCUACGAGACGGUUGUGAAAACUAUCCGGCUCAUGAAUAAAUCCAUCUUGAGCCAGGAGUUUGGAUUUGUUGGCAUUCCUGAGUGUGUAGACGUGCAACCCAAUGAUGGCUUUGGAGUACUCCUCCCCCUAGAGGAACUGAGUUUGGACAUCAUGUUCAAAGCUAAACAAGCCAAAGAGUACAACUUCGAGCUGAUUUGCAAGUCUGAAAUCAACAGGGAGUUCAGGAUUUCCUGCACAGCUGUCGGUGUCCUCCCCCCACUGCAGUUGUCGCAUUCAGUGGUUCACUUUGCUGCUACAGCCCUAUAUGAUAUGUCUACAGUGACUCUGUAUGUGGUGAACUCACGCACCAGCCAGAAUAAAUUCACACACCCCGAAACCCGGAUCAGAAGUGGAGAAGUUGCUCCCGUGGGACCCGCAACAUUUGAAUUUAUCAUUCCGGAAUUCUCCCAUCUAACCAUCGUGCCUGCUGUUGGGACAGUGUUGCCAGGACAGAAAUGUAAGGUGGUCCUAACGUUUAAGCCAACACUAUCAGACCUGCAGAUCCAAGAGGAAGCUGUGCGAAUGUUGUGUUGGGCAGAAGAAACCAAGAGGAUCUUGGAGAAACAAGAGACAGAGAGCAUUGCAAAAUCAGAACAGGACACGUCAAACAAAAAGAAUCCACAAUCAAAACAAUCAAAACAAAAGGAUUUAAGGGAACACAGUCCAGGUUCUCCUAGACCACCAAUCAAGGAGACCAACACUCCAUUCAAGCCUUCUGAUCCAACAGACAUUGCUGUAGAUUCAGAGGAUUACAAUGCCGCUCUUGCUUCUUUGCUGAGGAAUUUCAAAGAAGAAUUCCAUAGAUUUGUCAUUCCCUGUUUUAUUAUGCACGGAGAUACAACAAGCCAUAAAAAGGAAGGUUACCCUCCUUACAGCAUUCACAACACCCUGUAUCUAGAGGUUAAUUGCCCUACAGUUGUCCCACCACUCGUACUUGUUCCAUGUAACAAGCGGAACAUUGUAGACUUUGGAGAAAAUGCAAAAGGGCAAAGAAUAGUUAAAAAGGUCAUGGUUCAGAAUAUUUCUCAAGAUGAUCUGGAGCUGAAAUCAACUCUGCUGGAUUCCGGAGGUCCCUUCCAGCUUCUGAGUUUCCUUCGAGCCCUUCAACCAGGGGAAGCUCAGAAUCUUGUCUUUUCCUUCACACCAACUGCAAGUAAAAUGUUCUAUGAAUCGAUGGAAAUUAUCACAGCGAAAGCCAGCUGCUCCCUGAUCCUGACUGGAUCUGGUGUAGACCCAGUAAUUUCCUGCUCUGUGGAGAAAGUACUGGAUAUGGGAUACGUUCUUGCAAAUCAGAAAAGAUCAGUAACAUUUCAGUUGCAAAAUGCCACGAGGCUUCGUGUCAUGUUUGAUGUGAAGUUGGGGAGUCUGUCUUACAGAAAGUUUAAAGAGCAGCAAGAGUUACCAUCCUUCCUAACAUCCAGUGAAAUAGCUGUUUCUUUAGUGGGUACUCAGAACUACAGUGGCCAGAGUGUCUUCAGUGUUUCUCCCGUUAAAGGAUGGAUAGAUGCAAUGCAGACUCAAGAAUUUGAAGUGACCUUCAGUCCUGACCAUGAAAGUCUAUGUUACUCGGAUGUGAUAUACAUAGAGCUGUUUGACAAGGUCAGUCAUACAAUCCAGCUGAAGGGAGCUGCAAGAGAACAUACGAUGUUUGUUGAAGGUGGAGACCCAGUCGACGUCCCAGUGGAAUCUUUGAGCAUCUUACCAAGUUGUGAGCACAUGGAUAGAAGCGAUAAACCUCAGCCACUGAAAUCAGUUCUGCUCACUUUGAAAAGCAUCAAGUCUGACAACAAAUACACCACCGCUUUGAGGGAACUCCAGGUAGGAUGUAUCCGAUCAACCCAGGCUGCUGGAAAAAAGAGUGUUGAGCUCAUCAUUGACAGUCCACAGGCAGCUCACGUGAAAGGAUUCACCAUUGAUCCGGUCCGAGGUGUGGUGGAGGCCGGCAGCACCAAGACCAUUACUGUCAGCUGGGCUCCCCCUAGUGGCCAUGAUGCACUUCAGAUAAUCUCAGCCACCGUUAAAAUGACCAUCAAAGGUGACAUCACAGAGAACUACCAGAUCAUUUUGAUGGCCAUGGUUGUCACCACUUAACGCGAAGAACUGGAAGGAACUGUUGAGAAUGCUUCCUGGAUAUAUGAAAUUUAUACAUUGUAGAAAUGUCUGAUUAAUUUAGAAUCCAAUGUUUAUUUUAAUGAGUUGGAACCAGACUAAAACAAAGCAUUGUGUACUGACCUAACUUAGCACCGAUAUUUGUUUGUGUUGCAACCCUCCCAU